UUGAAUAAUUUCGGGGAAUCCACCGAAUUUUGUUUAGAGUUGUUGCGAAGUUGGAUUAAUAUUCAAUAUGGGAUGCUUUGGAUCUAAAGAAAAAGAAGACCCGGAGAAAAAAACGGAAGAGAAAAAAUACAGUUGGGAUAAACGGGAAAAGAUUGACCCAGCACUUUACACUGUUGAAAACUUGAACGAUGAAUUUGUUAUUCGAGAACCUGGAUCGAUUGACGGCCAGCAGUUUAUUAUUCAAAACUGCAAGAAUACGAGAAUAUAUUUAUUUGAUCACAUUGCUUCAAUAACCGUGGAUGAUUGUGUUGAUUGUUGCAUCAUAGUGGGACCUGUGAUGGGUUCAAUAUUCAUCCGCGAUUGUGAGAAUUGCAAGUUCAUUGUCGCUUGCCAACAAUUCCGAACACGAGAUUGUUCAAAACUUGACGUUUUCCUCUCGUGCGCCACGCAACCAAUUAUUGAGGCCUCGGCCAAGUUAAAGUUUGGUUGCUAUCAACUUAACUAUGAUGGGUUAAAGGAACAAUUUGAGAAAUCACAAUUGAGUUUGUUUUGUAACAAUUGGUGUAAUAUUCAUGACUUCACUCCGGUCACUGAGAAAUCGAACUCGUCGUUAAUAUCGGAGGAAUGUUCGUUGAACGAAAUGUUUCCUGGGUUGGAGGAUAUUGGGGGUGGAGGUAAAGAUAGCUCAACGAGUAAAUUAAAUAUUUCAACGAACCGAGGUGACAGCGUUGUUCUUGUGUCUCUUGGUUCAAGGCCCAAGCCCUCACUCGACUCUUGUUUUGUCGCGGUGUUUCCAUCGAAUUCUUCAUACCAAGUGGCAAGAAACAUUGUUACUUUGCUGAAAGACAAAUGUGUUUUGGUUCAAAUCCGUGAAAUCAACCUCACAGUUGGUGACUUGAAACGAAUUUUCCCCAACAGUGAUCUAUCUGUUCAUCAUGCUGCCAUUAGUUCAGGCAGUGUCAUCGGCAUUGAACUAAACGGAGAUAAUUGUUGUAAUGUUUGUACUGAUGUCGUUUCCACUCUUCCACCAGAAGAACAACGGUCGAUAUAUUCAUCGUUAAAUAAAGAUGAAGUGUCCGGUGAAACGGAACGAUUCUUCGAUUUCUGUGACAUCCAGAUGAACAAUUAAAACAUUCCGCUACUGUUGCUAAUAGGCAUAAUAUAAAUUAUAAAUUAUUUGUAGGGUGGAAAGACGGAACACCUUUAGCACAUAAUAUCUAAAAAUUCUGAUCGUAUUUUAAACAAUUACCAACGGUCUAUGGGAGUGGCAAGAAUUUGGUUUUGUAAUUCUUUGAAUGUGUUUUCUUUACUACCAAAUGGUACGAGAAAAUUGAAUGGAAAAAGUGCCCUAUCUUCCCACCUUACUAGUAUAUAUAUUAUAAUUGAUCUUCUGGUGUGAAAAUUAACUUUGAUUUUAUCAAAACAAAUGAUUUGUUUGCAACAUGGCAACCGUGCGUAGCUAAAAUGAUGUUUAUAUAAGAUAAACCAACUGUGAACAUUUGUUGUGGUGUAUAUACUUAGUUAGUUAGGCUAAUUUUGGUAGUAGAUCAUAGAUAUAGUGACCAAAACAACAUUUUAUUAUUAAAUAUUUAAAUUUUUUCAACUUGGUGCAUUUUAUAUUUUAAGAUACUCCCACUUAUAAACCACAUAAUUUUAUAUUUUUGUAACUACUCAUAUUCAUAUAAUUAUCAAUUAAAUUUAAAAAUAAUUAAUAAAAAUUUCAACUUAAUGUAUUUUGUGUUGUCCGAAUUUUUACGAAACAUUGUCGUUGUACCUUCGUUGCAUCAAAACCAAAGUAAUUUUCAUAUUUUGUGUCCGCGAUUUUUAUUUGAUCAGUAUUUUUCUACAAAUUGUUGUGAUCCGCUGUAGCACUGUGUUAAGUAACCUUUCUAAAUGUACUAGCAACUAAAUACAGUUAUAAUAUGUACAGAAUA